CUCACCUCUUCUCCACCCCCAAUACCGCCGCUUUUUACAACAGAGCGCGUGAAGAGCAGACUGCUAACGUUAUAGGUAUUUUUUAAGUGGAUUUCCGUGCUCAGGACCACUGAACGGCCAUGGAAGAACUUACGGCGUUCGUCUCGAAAUCUUUCGACCAGAAAACCAAGGAGAGCAGUAAGGAGAGUAUCACGUACAGGGAAGUUUUGGAGAGUGGCUUGGCGCGGGCUAGGGAGCUGGGGAACUCCGAGACAAGUCUACAGGACAUAACGGAGGGCAGCAGCCACUGUCCGGUGCAUCUAUUCAAGGAGCAUGUAGAGCUAGAGAAAGAAAAGCUCAAGGAGUUUAACGUUUCCAGGUCCACGGAAGGGAUAUAUGAGUGUAAAGAGAAAAAAGAGGACGUGAAGUCUGAGGACGAAGAUGCACAGAGCAAACUGAAGCAGCGGCGAAGCAGAACAAACUUUACCCUGGAACAGCUCAACGAGCUGGAGCGCUUGUUCGACGAAACGCAUUAUCCCGACGCCUUUAUGCGGGAAGAGCUGAGCCAGAGGCUGGGACUGUCAGAGGCGCGAGUUCAGGUUUGGUUUCAAAACAGAAGAGCGAAAUGUCGGAAACAAGAAAAUCAGAUGCAUAAAGACACUUCUUCCUACUUUCCAGGUGUCAUUCUGGGCACUGCCAGUCAUCUGGACGCAUGCAGAGUAGCUCCCUACGUCAACAUGGGGGCUCUACGGAUGCCUUUUCAACAGGUCCAGGCUCAGCUCCAGUUGGAGGGCGUGGCUCACUCUCACCCUCACCUGCACCCUCACCUGGCGGCGCACGCACCGUACCUGAUGUUCCCGCCCCCACCCUUCGGACUACCAAUCGCCUCACUUGCGGAUUCUGCGUCAGCAGCAGCGGCCGUGGCGGCGGCUGCCAAGAGCAACAGCAAGAACUCUAGCAUCGCCGACCUCCGACUCAAGGCAGGACUUCUGCGGGGCCAGUGGCUCAGUCCACUCCAGGCACACAUCACAAGUCCAGGACCGUACAAACACAUGUGGAUGUCUGUCUGAGCUGAGAGCCAGGGCCAGGCCAAACCAGGCCAGACCGGGAGACUUUAGAACAAAGCAAACUGGCAAAGCAGGCAAGCAGGGCCAAAUACUUGAGCCUCAAUGAUGCUUUCACGUUGAAUUUACAGACUGUUGCGUGUGCGGGGAAAAAGCACUGAGACAGCGAGGCAGUGGACUUGCUCUCAACUUAACACGUAUAAAAGACAAAAUCAAAAAAAGAGAAAAAAAAAUAUGGCCGUUUUUGCUGUGUAACCACUGUGUUGUUUCCUGCCGACGCCCAGUGCAUGCGUUCUAUUGGAGGAAUGCAGGUCUAUGAUGGAGCCUGGCCUCUAUGUUGUAACUGAACCCCCCCCCCACUCCCACACCACCCCAACUCUGUUGUAUCACUGCCAUUCAAACCGCCCACUAUAACCUCAUCCGAAAGGUCGAAGGUCAUUGGGGUUUGAUUUCCUUUUCACUGUGGACUGACAGGAAGAAGCUAAUCGAAUCCCUCAUUUUUCUGCUUUCGAAGGAUUGGGAGUGUUAACGCGUGUUGCCGAGAAUGUGUCCAAGUCUAAAUCCUAUUUUGUUGUUCUUCUCCUCCCAUUCUCUCUCUCUUGCUUUUGUUUCUCUCUGAUUUAUCGUGCUGUUUCUUGGGAAUAGAAGUGAAGAUAUUCUUUGCACUUCAGGUUUGUAUGUGGGUGUUUACAAAAGCCACUACAAGCAGAUACUACUUUGCUAAAUGAGGGGGUAAUAGGAACUGAUUUGGGUUUUUAUCAUGUCAUCAAAAUGAGACGUUCAUGAAAUGUUUAGAAGGAUAAAGGGUAUAACUGCAAUUUUUUGUAAUUUUGAAAAUAUGAAGCAUCAGUUAAACUGAAAUGCAAUUGUGUGCAGUCUAAGUGCAAUACUGUAUAUAGGAAAAAGUAAAAAAAAAAAAAAAGAAAGAAAAAAAGUGGUUGUUAAUGAUGAACAAACGAUUUUUAGUAAUAUUCAGACACUGAUAAAUUGGUGUGUUGAAUAUCUUUGCCAAACAGACCCAUUUUGUUUUUCUAAAGCAUUGUAUAUUAUGUUAUGUUGCAAACUCAUCCUCAAUCAUGUGCCAUAACCCCCAGAGAUUCACUGGUUACAGUUUUAUACACGUCAGAAAACUAUGCUAACUUGUUCAAGUAGACAUAGCCAUAGCUAUAGAAUACUGCUUUAAGCACAUUUUUGAUGCUGCAGCCGACCAACUAGGAUCUGAAAUAACUUAUAAUCUAUUGAAUUGACAUGAGACAAACAGUCAUGUCAAAUUCUACCAAAGAUUCUAAGAAAUGUUAGCAUUUAUCUUAUUAGGACAACAGAACUAUAGCAGUGCUUUCUGUAGACAUGUAACUGUUCAACUUGCAUUUAUUUCCAUGUUCAAGUUGCAAUUUUACAAUCAAAAUGUCAGAUAAUAUCUACCACCUAAAUAAAUAAACGCCAAUUAGCAAGUUACAUGUUUGGAAUAUUUGUAAAUUCAAAGGGUAUUGUUUUGGGAAUGUUUUGAGUCAUUGAGAAACAGAUCUCAAUCUGAAUAUGUAGAUCCUUGUCAGGCCUAGCUUGAACAAUGUUUUACCAAUACUUUCUCUGUUGAAAAACCACCAUAGACAGUAAGUUUAGCAAUGUCUCCAUUUUAAAUUAAACACAUGGUGCUUUUAUUUAUUAUUUUUCAUCUGAAAGUUUAUAAAAUUAUAAAAUAGUUGAACUACAAGUGUACAUUUUUACAUGGCUUUGCAUUUAUUUUUAUAUGUUAUUUUAAGUGUUACAUUUACAACUGGAGAUGUAUGGCUGUUGUGCAUUGUUUGCCUAAAAUGUAGCGUGUCAGAGUUUACAAACAUUUCAGGGAUGGUUACAUUUUAUUAAGCUCCAUGGAAUUUGUUGUACCCACCACAAGUAUUAUCAUUUCAUAUGCAAGCAUGCCUAAACAUGAUUCACCAUAAUGUUUGUGUUAUUUUACUUUUGUUUCAUAAAAAUAUGAAUGUACAUCUUGUACAUGUAAACUAUCAAUAAAGUUAUAAAUAUUUG